AAGGAAGGUCGGUUCUUUGGUUUUUCACUGGCUGUUUGGCAAACCGGAUGUAACAGCAAGGUGCAGAGAGGUUAUGCCACAGGUUUAGCUACACGGAGGGGACACCCCCGUUCCCGGAGAGGAAAAGUGGAUUGAUCGCAGCAUUUCUCUCUUGGUAGUGUUGUGACUGUGUUUGGGAACAUCAAAUCCAGAACUGUGACAAAAAGGCUUUCCAGUUCAAAAUGUCUUGGGUACUUGUCAGUGUGACGUGCCUUUAAUGACAUAAAGUGCUUUUAAUUCCUAAAUGAAGCCCUGUGGAAGGACAGAAUACAAUUAAGAGAUGUUCCUUGGUCAGUGCUGUUACACUCUCUGCUUUUUGGUUUCAUUCUAAUGCUCUGAUGAACACGGCUCUCCAUUUAUCUUUCUGCUGUGUUUGUUUUGACGUUUUCUAUUUUCAACUCUGUGUCCUGCUAUCCACUAAAUGUCUUUUUUAUCACAGUUUUAUCUGUACUGUAAAAUAUUCCGAAUUCAUAACCAUCUAUGACGCAUGGAAAGAUGACUGCUUGAAGUCAUUUGAAAUUGAAUUCAAUCAUGCAGGUGAAAGAUUUUUGGUUUUUACUCUAUGUCAAAGAAACUAUGAAAAACCAUCUGCUUGUAAAUGUCUUAAGCACUUCAGAAGUAUUUAUUGCUGUAGUACCUAGAGCACACACUAUCGGUAACAGAAACUCCCAGCAAAUAGAGACACUUCCAAAACAGCCUCUUGUAAAAACAGUGCGCUCACAGAGCGAGGAGAAACUGCAUGUGUACCUUUUAUCCCUGGAUCCCAAAACAUUUUAGAGGAUAAGCUUUAAGACUUGUAUCCAGUUUGAUAGAGGAAGAAGAGAGGGGAAUAGCAGCUAGUCAGCCGGUGACAGAGGCAGUGCCUUGGCUCCUGGCCUGCUGACUGGUAGAAAGGCAGUCAAGACGUAUGUGGCUUGCUCCAGCAGCUCCUGGGCCUUCGUGGCUGCUACUCCUAGAAUACCAUCGCAAUGUGUUUAUGAAUGUGAGCCUGCAGGAUUUCAACGCGAGCCGUGGCUUUUACAUUCCUUUACCCAUUUAUACUAUAAGGCACGCUGUCUGCUAUGGUGUAAUCAAAAUGCUGAUGAGACUCCUAGGCACAAAGCUAGAAUACGUCCAAAAGUAGAUGCAAGCAACAUUCAGGAAACAGGCAGCAAAGCUUUCUUUAACCUCCAGUGCGGAGCAAGGCACGUAAAGCUCCUGAUGGCAGAAAGCAUGCUGUAAGCUGCUUGUGUUGCCUGGCCUUCGUGACUGAGAGGAGGAGCGUGGGUUACCUUUAAAACGUGCUCCUGCAAAGAGGCUAAUGUAACUGGCUUUGCUGUGCUAGUUCUGUGCUGGUGCCAGCUCUUGAGCCAAGCAAAGUCUUUCUGUUGAUCUGUACGUUAUAGUCCUACACGUCCACAACAGUGCCCCCUGCUCUUUUGAUGUGCUGUGUAUUUUGUCUCCCAAGUAAUUUUCAAACCUGUUUCUGAAGCUCUGACUUCUCUGGAAAGAAUGUGGGAGAGUGAUGUUUCUGCUUGGCCUCUUUGUUUAAGAGACCUGCGAGCGUAUAGAUGGGUGUCUGAAACUGCUGCACUUCACCUGUGCAAAUCCCAAUGUAUGUUUGCUUGCUCAUGUUUUCUGUGAAAGUGUUCCCGGAAAGUCAGUUCUUAAAACGAAAAAUUACAAUGGGAUUUCUCUUAUGUCCUUGGUGAAAAGCUGAGCUAACAGUCUUGUCCCUUUUUAGAAAACAGAUGGAUAUAUUUCUUUUUUCACCGUGGGGCUGUGUGAUGAGGGUUGCUGUUAGUUUUAAGGCUGUUUAUGGUGAACGUACUUCAACAGCUUUUUGUUUGAAUUAAGGGGUCCUGCGUGCAGUGGUUGAAGCAGCAAACUCUGGAGCAUCAGUUCUCUGCUUGUGUGAAAAGGGAGAUGCCAUGAUCAUGGAAGAGACUGGCAAAAUUUUCAAGAAGGAAAAAGAAAUGAAAAAAGGUAUUGCCUUCCCAACGAGUAUAUCGGUAAAUAACUGUGUCUGUCACUUCUCCCCCUUGAAGAGUGACCAAGAUUACAUCCUCAAAGACGGAGACUUGGUCAAAAUUGACUUGGGAGUCCACGUUGAUGGUUUUAUAGCGAACGUAGCACACAGUUUUGUCAUAGAUGCAUCAAAGGAAAACCCUGUGUCAGGUCGUAAAGCUGAUGUCAUCAAGGCAGCUCAUCUCUGUGCUGAAGCUGCUCUGCGCUUGGUAAAGCCUGGAAACCAGAACACGCAAGUGACAGACGCUUGGAACAAAAUAGCCCACUCGUUUCACUGCACGCCAAUUGAAGGGAUGCUGUCACACCAGCUGAAACAGCAUGUGAUCGAUGGAGAGAAAACAAUCAUCCAGAACCCUACAGACCAGCAAAAGAAGGACCACGAAAAAGCAGAAUUUGAGGUCCAUGAAGUUUACGCUGUUGAUGUUCUUGUCAGCACUGGAGAGGGAAAGGCAAAGGAUGCUGGACAGAGAACUACAAUUUACAAAAGGGACCCCUCCAAACAGUACGGCUUGAAGAUGAAAACCUCCCGUGCCUUUUUCAGUGAGGUGGAGAGGCGCUUUGAUACUAUGCCAUUUACUCUCAGGGCAUUUGAGGAUGAGAAAAAGGCCAGGAUGGGGGUUGUAGAAUGCGCCAAACACGAGCUGCUCCAGCCUUUCAAUGUCCUCUACGAAAAAGAAGGAGAGUUUGUUGCACAGUUCAAAUUCACAGUGCUUUUAAUGCCCAACGGUCCUAUGAGGAUAACCAGUGGCCCCUUUGAGCCAGAGCUCUACAAGUCGGAGUUUGAGGUGCAAGAUGGAGAACUGAAGGCACUUCUACAAAGUUCUGCAAGCCGGAAGACCCAGAAAAAGAAGAAAAAGAAGGCCUCUAAGAACGCAGAGAACGCCACCACGGGAGAAACAGCAGAAGAGAACGAAGCUGGCGACUGAACAGCUCCAGCUCCCUCCGUGUAGCACCCAAUUCACACACACACACUCGCCCCUUUUCCCCCCCAAAA